GGUGCACUGUACCGUUGCACGUGGGGUGGGGGGAUUUUCACCAUGCGUUUUAUAGCUCCAAAAUCGUUUGUUCACAGUCAUAUAUAUGUAAACAAAAAAAGAGGCGCAAACACGCGUACAACGUUAUGUGUACAAUGAGUGUACAUGUACAUGCCGUAUUAUUACUUGGUGUUGGUGAUACAUUUUUGUGUACAGAAGCUCGUUACAACUUAAGGUGAAGGGCAUUGUGCUCAUUGUUUAAAAGAAUCAGCUGCGUGCAAUUCUUAGGACCCGAUCCGCGAUGGCAGAGCGUGCAGUAAGCGAGCAGUCGUGUGCAUUUCAGCAACUCCGGAACGGCGCAGCAUCACCCGCACCCAACAGGAAAAUGGCCUGGACCCGAGGCAAGUUGACCGUGCUGUUGCUGGCGUUCCAGUUGGUGUUUCUCGUGUUAUUCGGGGUGCUAGCGGAGUACGAUCCGUCAGCGGACGCCAACCCUAAAAAAAGUCAUGACAAUACAACCGAAGAGCAUGGGGACGGGGACCUGGCGGGCUUCGCUAACCAAGUGGACCUGUACUACCCAAUGUUCCAAGAUGUACACGUGAUGAUGUUCAUUGGCUUCGGCUUCCUCAUGACUUUCCUCAAGAAGUACGGCUACGGCUCGGCGGGUUUCAAUUUUCUGAUAGCCGCCUUCGUGCUGGAAUGGGGGAUGCUCAUGCGCGGCUUUGUGGCACUAAUUGUAGAGGGCUCGUUCCAUAUCAACAUUAAGUCCAUGAUUGUAGCGGAUUUUACUGCAGCCGUCGUCCUGAUUUCCUUCGGGGCAGUGCUGGGUAAGACCUCGCCGGUACAGCUCAUCAUGAUGGCCUUCUUUGAAGUCAUCUUCGCCGUGCUCAACGAACACAUCGGAGUCGAAGUGCUCCAUGUAGUAGAUGUGGGCGGCUCGAUGUUUGUUCACGUUUUCGGCGCCUACUUCGGUCUUGCCGUCGCCUUCAUUCUCAAACGGGAUGCGACAGAGGACAACGAGAAAGAGGGCGCCACCUAUCACUCUGACAUCUUCUCCCUCAUUGGAACCAUUUUCCUGUGGAUGUUUUGGCCGAGUUUCAACAGCGCCCUUGCGCUGGAGGACGCCCGCCAUCGGGCCGUGAUCAACACGUACUUCUCGCUGGCUGCCUGCUGCGUAGUAACCUUCGCCAUCUCAACGCUGCUCAACAAGGACGGCAAAGUCGAAAUGGUGCACAUUCAGAAUGCCACUUUGGCCGGCGGCGUUGCUGUGGGAACCAGCGCAGACCUGAUGAUCCAGCCGUGGGGCGCCAUCUUGAUUGGCGUCAUUGCCGCCAUGUUGUCAGUCCUCGGAUUUAAAUACAUUCAGUCGUUCCUUACACGCUGGCUGAAAAUCCACGACACUUGUGGCGUGAACAACUUGCACGGCAUGCCGGGGAUUUUGGCCGCCAUCGCCGGUGCCGUGGUGGCAGGCUUGGCCACCAAAGACCUCUACGGAGACAAUCUGUACAAUAUCUUUGGAGCUCGCGCACCUGUGGAGAUGUCUACGGACGCGAAUGAGAUGACCGCCGGUGACAUGAGCGGUGACGUCAUGGUGGAGGCUCGCUCAGCCGGUGGGCAGGCCGGGUACCAGCUAGCAGCGCUGGGCGUGACCCUCCUGAUAGCAAUAGGGGGUGGCAUCAUCACCGGCCUCAUUCUGAAGAUUCCGAUCUGGAACGAGCCCGAGGACGAUGAGCUGUACGAAGACAAACCGUUCUGGGAUGUAAGUACGAUUGAAAAUUCCGAGGUUGAAUACCAUGAAGUGGAAACCAGAGACACCGCGAUCCCAAUGAAGACCGUUGGGCAAUCAGGAGUUUGAUUACCAACUAAGAAGCACCAACGACCAAUCACAUCGCCUUGCCUUGGACAUGUGACCGCAAAAGCCUUCAUUAAUAUGCAAACAUCACGUGCCUUGCAGGGUGUAAUUUAACGUGAAUUGUUUACUUAGAUUCAUAAAUCAAUUAUAUAAACACCAUUUCGGAUCCAGGAAUUCGAAUGUUUUACUCUUUUUAAAUACAGGCCGUAGCAGGGG